UGCGACUACCACUCGACCGAUAAAAGCCCAAGAAGACAGCGACCGGAAGUUGGUCUUGUUUGGCGACCUCCUUCAUUUCCUGUAUGGCAGGAACGCAGACGAGGAAGAGGAAAAUGGCGGAGAGAAAAGAAUCAGGUGUCAAGAAAGCAACGACAACAACCAUAACUAAGUGGCCAAUUAUCAAACCCAAGCAAAAUCUCCAAGUCGCUCGCCUUAAGGACACCGAUCUCUUCACCGUUCCAAACUUCUUCACUUCUGCUGAAUCGAAGGCAUUUAUUAAAGCGGCAGAGUCGAUUGGCUUUGCUCACCAAGGAAGUCUUGGUCCAACUAAAGGUGAAGCAUAUAGAGAUAAUGAUAGGAUCUCUGUGAAUGAUCCUAUUCUUGUGGAUACAAUAUGGCAAUCUGGGCUUUGCAACUUACUCUCUGAUAUUAAAAUUCGUGGAAAGGUUGCUGUCGGCUUGAAUCCAAACAUCAGAUUUUACAGGUACAAGGUUGGACAACAGUUUGGGCGUCAUAUUGAUGAAAGUGUUGACCUUGGAGGGGGAAAGCGCACCCAUUACACUUUGUUGAUAUACUUGAGUGGAGGUGUUAAAGUUAGGCCCAAAGGUAGAAGUGAUUCUAAUAACCCCAGUAAUGACUCUUCCUCUGAACCACUUAUUGGAGGAGAAACUGUCUUCUAUGGUUCAAGGAAUGGAGUGGUGGCUGAGGUUGCUCCCUUGGAAGGGAUGGCUCUUCUACACAUUCAUGGGGACAAGUGUAUGUUGCAUGAAGCUCGAAAUGUUAAGAAAGGUGUAAAGUAUGUGUUCCGUUCAGAUGUAAUUUUUGCUUGAACACAGGCAGAGUUUUUAAGGUUGAAUUGGUUUUGUAAGUUGAUCUAGAACCACUGUGUACUUCGCAUGUUUGUCAUCCUUCAUCUCAAUCAAUUUUGCUACUAGUGGAUUCCAAGUAAAUUUUUCUGGAAUGGUAGCUCACAUGUUUUUUCGUGUUCAUGGAUUGUAAUUGAACUAUACGACACUAUGGUUGGCCUGGUUGUACACGAAAGAAAUAUUUUCUAGAAUCCUUUUGGCA